GAGCAGUAGAAGCGAUAUUAUGUGAUACCUAGAACUACAAGACUAUCUUUAAGAUAGAUCGAAAUGGCUUUAACUUCUUCUCCAAUAAUAAUAUCUCUUUUCAAUCGAGAUCCUUCUCAUCUUUAUUUCUCUUUCCCUUCCGGUCGCUUUCAACUAUGGAAUUGCAACCUCAACCGACAAUCUUCUUCUAGCUCCGGAGCUGGAAUCAGGAGCAGCAGAGGGGAGAAGGAUUCAGCCCACAGACCCUCAUCAGAUUUUCUUCGGAAACCAGCCGCAGUCAUUGAGUCAGUGGUGAAGGAGAUACUACAUCAGGAAGAAAAUGAGGAUGGUGAUGAUAAUGAGAGUGGAAGAAGUAGUGGGGAAGAGGGUUGGAUUGACUGGGAGGAUCAGAUUCUGGAGAACACUGCCCCUCUGGUUGGAUUUGUUCGGAUGGUUCUUCACUCUGGCAAAUAUGAAAGUGGAGACAGAUUAAGUGAGGAACAUGAGAAAACUAUUUUAGAGAAGUUACUUCCAUAUCACCCAGAAUGUGAAAAGAAGAUUGGAUGUGGAGUUGACUACAUUACGGUUGGAUAUCAUCCAAAUUUUGAAAGCUCACGAUGUUUAUUCAUAGCAAGAAAGGACGGAGAGAUUGUUGAUUUUUCAUAUUGGAAAUGUAUGAAGGGUUUAAUCAGGAAAAAGUAUCCAUUGUAUGCAGACAGCUUCAUUCUAAGACAUUUCCGACACCCUAACAGUCAGCAGAAAUGAGUUAUCACUUGAGAGUUGCAUCCAUGAGAAAAUAUUUUAGCUAUGAUUUUUUUUUGAAUGAUUUAGAAUUGUUCAUUUUUGGUAUAGUUUUUUGGGCCAGAUGAGCACCAAUAUGAGUGACAGCUUAGUGGAAACCAUUGCUCAUUGAUGCCCAUGCUAGGUUAUUAUCUCGAGGCUUUGUUUUUUUGUUUAUUUGCUCAAUUAUAUUCAUAAUGUAUAUUUGUUUUGUGGUUUUGCUCAUAUUUGAAUGAAAUAAACUUAGUUCAAAACAACAAUACUGUUUUUUA